AUGGGUUGUGGAACAGUAAAUUUUCCGAUGGAAAAUUCAACCCCACGAGACUUUAAUCUUCCGAAGCCUGUGGAAGAUGGUUUUCAGAUAACAUUUAAAAAAGAACUACGCAGAAAAAGAAAGCACACAUCAAAAUUCUCAAAAAAGCAACAAGCGUUACAACCAUCCAAAGAAAACGUAGGAAAGGCUCUAGAAACCAAAAAGGAAGAUAGUGAAGACAUGCAAUCUUCAAUUCUUACACAAGACCAAACAACUUAUAACCCAGAUCACUCAAUUCAGAAAAUAAUAGCAUUUGAGCCUCAAUUAAAAGUCGCUGAAAUAUAUAAAGAGCUGGAUGAGAUUGACAAAGAAAUAGGAAUAAAAACUAAAAACCACAUAAAAAUUGAGAAAAUUGAGUUCCACUCUGAAGAAAGUGAAGAUAGUUUUUAUGAUAAUAAUGAGACAGAAGAACAAGAGCAAUUACGAAUGAGUAAAGAGAAGCAGAAAUUAAUGAGGGAAGAAAUAGAAAGACAAGUCAAAGAAGCAAAAAAUAUUGCUGAUGCGAAAACAGCUGAAGUAGCUGCAAAUGCAGCAAGAAAUCGUGUGGAAAGAGAAAAAAUCGAUGCAGACAUGAAAAAUAUUUUAUCAAAAUAUAGCAAUAUUAUAUAA